AUGAGGCUGCCUUCAGCUCUGCUGCUUCUCUGGCUCCCAGGCUGUGUGACACUGAGCGGCCCCAAGACCGUGACAGGCACUAAGGGGGGAUCCCUGGGCCUGCAGUGUUGGUAUAAGGGAAAAUACAAGGAUAAUAACAAAUUCUGGUGCAGAGGAUCAGUACAGACAGCAUGUAAGAAGAUUGUGGAAACUAAAGGGUCAGAGAGAAUGGUCAGUAAGGGCCGAGUGUCCAUCAGGGACUUUCCUGAGCAGCACAACUUCAAGGUGACCAUGUGGGACCUCACAGUGGAGGACGAAGAUGUGUACUGGUGUGGCAUUGAUACAGCAUGGUGGCACCAAAAACUGCCCCCAUUUGAUUCCAACUUCAAGGUGGAGGUACAUGUGGUUCCAGAGGGCUCGGGUCGGGAGAAGCUGGGAUCGGCGUGGAAGGAAAUGACUGAGAGCUUGGUCCCUCCCGGGUCUCUGCUCAGCAGUGUCCACUUCCUGCUCCUGGUCUUCCUGAAAGUGCCCCUGCUUCUGAGCAUGCUUGGUGCUGUCCUCUGGGUGAACAGGCCUCAGAAGGCUCCAGUAGCCCUCAUGCCCAGGAUGCCCUGCCCAUGGAUCCAGACCCCAGAUGCAACUGAAAUGAUGCUCUCACCAACAAGUCCUGUGUAA